CCGCGCAGUCCGCACCGCUGCCACCGCACCGCGCCGAGCGGGAAAGAUUCGCAUUUCGCUCAUUGCUCAUUCGCCGCUCAACCGCAGACACGGAUGGACGUUCGGCGGUACGACUUCUCGAUCAACCUCGUCCUCGAGGAAGUCGCGACUCCAGGUAUGAAAAAUGUCAAUUUACUUCGGCAUGGCGAAGUUAACGCGUUCCGUCUGGGGACUCUCUUCUAAUUUCUCCUCGAAUCAGUACUUCUCACGACUUUUGGCAACACCAUGGAUCCCUGCCUCUGACUUGAGAUUGCGAAAUUCGUCUACCAAAGUAGCCAGCAGUGCUUGCGAAGACGAAAUCCUAAUAAGCGAUAGCUGUGUAAAGCGUUUAAAAGAAAUAACGGAGGAAGGUAGCUGUUUAAGAGUAACAGUUGAAGGUGGAGGCUGUUCUGGCUUCCAAUACAAAUUCAAUUUGGAUUCCAGCAUAAAUAAAGAUGACAAAGUUUUCCAGAAAGAUGGAGCUAAAAUAGUGAUAGAUUCUACAUCUCUAGAAUAUAUUAAAGGAUCCACAAUAGAGUAUCAUACAGAAUUAAUACGCUCUGCAUUCAGAAUAACAGACAACCCUUUAGCAGAACAAGGAUGUAGCUGUGGAGCUAGUUUCGCCAUUAAAGUUGACUGAUCAUUAAAUUAUAUAACUUAGGAUUUCCAUAUAAAUGUCCUAAUACGUGAUUUGUAAGAUAUUACAAUUUUUGGGGAUAUGCGUUUGAAAGUUUUAAUUAGCAAAAAAGAAAACAGUUAUAUUUGUACAUAUUUAACGCUCGAAUAGCGAGCGUUAACAUUUUUUUUUAUUUAGAGUUCAUAAAUAACAACACCAAGUCAGAAAGCUCUUAGCAAUUUCGUAGUUAGGAGCACAUCGAAAUUCGACAUUGUAGUCGUAAUAUUUACAUAAAACGAAGUUCCUUGACGAAUACGAUAACAUCAUGGAAUGUGUUGAAAUCGUUGGAAAAAAAUGUUAAUGAGCAUUGGCUUAUUUUCCUCUUUUACUGUUCUGGAAAUUAAAUAUUGUUUACGUAAUUAUAAGUGCGUAUGUAUAAAUUAUAAUUAAGAAGAUUAUGAAAGUUAAUUGUUCGUUAGGAAAUAAAAGAAUAUAUUAUUAUUAAUUACUUUA